CCAACAUGGCGGCUUCCUGUCAGAAACACGCUGGACACGAUGAGUGAGCCGGACGGAGAGCGGAGGUCGGUCCGGUACUUCUGCACCGCCGGCAGCGGGAUGGAGAGGUUCCUCACCGGAGAGCUGACGGAGAAGCUGCAGGCGGAGCAGGUGUGUCAGAUGCCAGGUAAAGUGUUGUUCAGCUCCUCCGCCGGGAUCAACAGAGUCAGUGAGCUGAAGGCUGCAGAGAGACUCUUCCUCUUCCUGAAACGAGACUCACCUGUCCGUCUGUCUCCCCACAUUAAUCCAGCAAAAGCAGCCUCUGUGCUUCAGUCCAGAGUGUUGGGAGACAUCGAUCAGUGGACCGGUGCUGCAAUGACGUGGAGCCGCCUGCAGGGGGAGCUGGCAGGCAGAAGGACGGCUGUCAAAACUUCAAGCACUGCCCCAGGGGUGACACAAGAGAGGGAGGAGGGGAGGCAGAGAGAGACAGGACAGAGAGGAACCUGUGGAGUUGAAGCCCGGAUGCUGGAGACAAAAAGAAAGAGGGAUGAAGAAGAAAAGGAGUCUAGUGGGGACACGAAUGCAGAGAAACGGAAGAAAUCUGAGAGCAAGAGACACUACGAAGAGGAAGAUGGAACAAAAGGAAUAUCGGAGACAGAUUCGGACGACAGAGGAUCAGUUUGUGUUCAAGCAACAGCAGGACGAGACCACGAUGUGGAGAGAAGCUGCAGGAAGACCGAUGACACGGAAGAGGACUUUGCUGUGGAAAAUGUGGAACAUGAGCCGUCUGCUCAUACCUCGCUCUCCUUUAGGAUCAGCUGCAAGUGUACUGGAUCUCUGUCCCGAUACUUCAGCACACAGGAUGUGAGCAGAGUGAUCGGAGGAGGUCUGAGCAGACUGCUGGGCUGGAAGGCCGACCUGAAGAACCCACAGCUGGAGGUAAAUGUUUCUCUGAGUGAUGACUACUUCCUGCUCGGGUUUCCACUCACCAGGUGUCCUCUGGCUAACCGGAGCUACAUGAAGACCACGGGACUGAGGUCCACUGUCGCCUGGGCGAUGGCCUCCCUGGCUCAGAUACAGCCGGGCUCCUGUGUGGUCGACCCGAUGUGUGGAGUGGGAACCAUCUUAAUAGAAGCAGCUCAGGAGCACAAGGAUGUCCGUUUCCUGGGUUUGGACAUUGAUGACGGACAGCUGCAGAGAGCCAAUGAGAACGUAGAGUUUGCAGAGCUGGGAAACAGGAUCCAGCUGCUGAAAGCUUCAUCGAUGAUGCUGCCUCUGCCCACUGCCAGUGUUGACGCUGUCGUCUGCGACCUGCCGUUUGGGAGGAAGUUUGGCACCAAAACAAACAUGGCUGCCAACCUGCCACUCAUCCUCACGGAGAUGGAGAGAGUCCUCUGUAUCGGGGGCAGCUUGGUUCUCCUUCUGAGUCCUCAGUUAUCAUGUCUCCUGAAAAAACUCCUCACACAGAAAGACGCUGGACCGACAUCCAACCAGGAGACAGAGCCUCGAUCUGGGAUACAAGACUGCCCGUCUCCGUCUCCGUCUUCCACAAAGCAGCAGACUUUCCAAAUCCACCAGGAGGUCAAAUCCCCACCUACCCAGGAGACAGGCCCUCAGUCUGGGCUACAAAGCAGUCCACCUCCCCCUCUGUGCUCCCUGAAGCACCUGGAGACUGUUAGAGUCAGCUUAGGUGCAAUAGAUGGACUUAUCCAUAAAUAUGUGAAGACGGACACUUGAUCGGUGUUGUUUGAAGUUACAUUUCUAAGUAAUCAGAUACUUCUCUUUGUUAUUUUAUCAUGAAAUAUAAGCAGGUUUGUUGAGAUGCCAUAAUUAAAGUGGAAGCAACCGGAUCUCUUUCUGUUUUCUCAGAGUGUAACAACUAACCAACAAUGCAGGAAACACUGCAUUUUGUCUUCUACAGUUACUUCUGUGGUUCCACAGUGUGUUUUCCUCUUCUGGGGAAAUGACAUGCAAAGAGCUGACAUUGAUA